CCCUCCACUAUCGGAGAAGCGUCGGGAUGUGGCUAUGAAGGAGAGAGUUGGUAUUAAGUAAAUUGAGGGAAAUAUGCUGUAUUGAGAUGUUGAAUAGAAUGCGACAUGGAUAGCUGUGGACUGAGAAGUGCCGUCUGAUGGUCAUGAUGCAUUGGUAUGGCCGGUUAUAUCCGUCUCCGCUAUGGCUGCAGGGUAACAAGAGUCCACUGAACGAACCAAGCAAACGUCAGAUCUGAUAACUAGUCAAAGGAUAGAUAAUUAGAAAGAUAAUCUACCAAGGUAUGUAAUAUAACUAGAGAUAAUAAAGCUAAUGCAUGCAAUUGGCCGUCACGUGGCGUUGAUCGUUGAUCGGAAGCCCAUCCGUUCCCCACCAUCAACACUCAACUAACUUGACAUCAACAUCAACCGCAAUGCAUCAUGUCAGGUGGCUCCCGGAGCCGAGACGGCUGCUUCAACUGUCGAAGACGAAAGCGAAGAUGUGACGAGGAGAAACCAACCUGUCGACGGUGUCAGAGAGCAGGAGACGAGUGUAUCUUUCCGAGUCCAGCUUCAGCAUCGAAUCCGUACAAGUUUAUCGUCGCGGCUUCUGACCACUAUCUGGUGCCGAGUGAUGACCAGAACCAUAGCUUUCUAAAUCUCUCACCCCAGGAACUCGUUGCUGUCUGUGAUUCUAGUGAAGGAAGGAUUGUCUGGGCAAAGGAAUCUGUUCCCCGCAGUUUAUCACCGUUUGCUUUUGAGCCGGGACGGUCAGUUGAGAAAGCUCUCGUGCAGUACUAUGUCGAGGUCAUUUCUAGGAGCAGAGUCUACGUGGAUACAAGUCGGAAUGGCUUCCGUACAUCAGUCAUUCCCCGAAUGUUCAUGUUCCAAGGCCCUUUGUUCUCCGCAGUCCUAGCCAUGAGCGCAGCAGAAUGGGCACAAAACAUUGUCCCCGAUGGAAGAGACUACCGCGCUUUAUCAAUGCAGUACAAGGUCCGAGCUCUCCAUGAACUGCAGCACGCUCUUCCAGAUUCCCAAGGCAGUGAGGGUAAUCUUCUAACCUGUGUUCUCUUGGCAUCUCUCGAAAUCGCACAUGGAUCGUGUCCAACAUGGCUCCGUCAUCUUCAAGGCGCACUCGCUCUACUUGAGAGUUUCGGAAACAAUAUCGACCCCAGCGUAGCCGAAUUUGCACUCCAGUAUUUCCGGUUCCGAUAUAUUCUUAUGGAGACUACGCAACCUACCCACCAGGACUCGUUACACCAAGCAAUGGCUGGUUUGGCCAAAGCCGAGGCUACACUCCCGCAUUCUCGAAAUCUGGUUGAUGAACAGAUUGGUUGCUCCAUGGAUCUCGUCGACAUAAUCAACGAAAUAUCGUCACUGUCUACACAUGACAUUUCCAGGGAUCAACUGUACACCACAGGUCAAGAUAUUGAACAGCAACUCGAAGACCUUUCUUUUCAGGGUACAGACGACUACCUCUUACGGAGCGCUGAGUCUUUCAGAAUUGCGGCGCAAAUCUACCUCCGCCUCGUAUGCUACAACACAGCCAUCACCCACCCAUCCAUCCUGGCCCUCCACGAAUCUCUUCUCUCCUGUCUUUCCGAUAUCAUCGUUGAGGGACAGACUCGAAGAUCAUUUCCUAUGUGGCCACUGUUCUUGGCAGGCUGUGCAUGCUCAUCAGACGAACAACGAAAGGUUGUGUUGGAUCACUUCAUGUUGAUGGAUAGUAAAUGGCCGAUUAGCAACAUAUCUGCUGUUUGGAAUGCCCUCAGACUCAUCUGGCAUACACGAGAUCUUCAGGCAUCGAGUACAAACCAAGACUGGAGGGAGAUUAUUCACAAAUUUGGAUGGAAGCUCUCGUUGUCAUGAUCAAUUCUAAUACCUGGGUAUACUCUAUGCUCUAAUGCGACCGCACGCUAAACUUCCAGCUCCCUUGACUUGCCAUGGGAUCCCUCGGUCCAUCCCAGACUGGACACCAUGAUUCUUUGGCUCCUUCGUCUGCUCGUGCUCUUGAUUCCUCCACCAUUCGCAUGAUGAAUUUGCUGUCCUGUACUUCGUCUUGCUCAUCCCGGUCUUGAGACAGCCAUCCCUCUCUUCGUCCGUCGCCAGAAUUAAGUCGAUGGUCAAGUGGUCGGAUAUCGUGGGAUCCUGCACUGGCUGUUCGUCCCGUUCGUAAUCGUACAGGCUGCCCCGUCAACAUGGCCAUUUCCACGUCCAAGUCUAUCAUUCCAUCUUCAGGCCGAUUCGGUCGAGAGGGCAUGUGCUCUGUAGACGAGCUAAUCCAUCGGAAGGGCUUCUUGAACAGGGAUGUCCGUGUUCGAUCGCGUGGCCAAUCCGGGUUUCGUGCUCGCCUACGUUUACGGACAUGAUGAUCGAUCAGGAGGUUCAGGGAUGGAAGACAGGCGCAGACGAAGCCAAUAGUAAUCUCGAGAGCCCUGCAAUCGUUAGACAAGCAUUACUAGGCUGAACAACAUACGUUAGGAUGCCGAUCGGCGUAUAAUCGACAGUAAUAUCAUCCGAGUUCAAAAAGUCUACCGCCUUGGCAACACGGAACAGUGUCAAGGCUGUAGCGAUUCCACCAGCCCCCAAAAGCAACACAAUCUUGAUCCUUUUUCCUAUCGACAUUCGGAGUUUCCAGGUCAACGGUAUCGGGAUCAACAGAAUGACCAAAUCCGUGACAAUCGAUAGCGAUAGAUCAGAAAAGAAGAUCUUUCGUUGGUUGAGACAUCGUGCGUUUCUGACAUCUGGAUCCCAGUAUGUCCGGAUGGGAUAACAGUUGACAAUCCGAAGUAUUUGGAUCGGAAUGUAUGCCACCAGUAAAGCCCAUGUCAAGAUCUUGAUUCCUUUUGCGACUCGUGGUUCAACAGCAAAAACUCGUGCCAUCAAAAGCAAAAUGGUCGCUUUGGUGAAAAAUGCAGCCGGGAUAUAGACAACUGUACUGGCAUAGAACCACUGACUUGUUAGAUCUGUCGGUUACGCUUGGGCUACUCACCUUUAGCCAAUUAUAGUAUUCUGGUUUACGAAUUUCCCAAGCAUGAUAACCUGCUCCAUACCGGGCCACUACUUUGUUAGUGACGCAACGAAAAGGGAAUAGACAUACUCAUGAAGCAAGUGACGCAGUACAUGACGGCGGUGAUCUAAAGGUUAGCAUGCCAAACAUUGGGCAUCAAGAGUCGGUCAUACAAAUGCUGCUACACAUGUCCCUAAACUGUUAGCUUUGAUCAACAUGAAAUGUAGACAUACAAUCUUCCAACCCAAAGUUCCGGCUAAUCGUUCCCUUGACAUAAAUCCGUACUAUAAAAAAGAGUGUAAUAAAGAAUACACAUAUCGUCGUC